GCCAAGGAGUCGUCCGCGCCCAAGGCCCCCGCCGUGGCCGCGUGGAACAAGAGGAAGUCGCAGCUGCUGAGCGGCUUCUGGCGGCGCACCAUGCCCGAGCCCCCCGACGGCAAGGGCGAGCUGCAGACCAUGCUGCACCACCACAGCUCGCCCAGCCUCAACGGCGCCACCGUCGUCAACACGGCCACGGCCGCCUACACCGCCGUCACCAUCCCGCCCGAGGCCCCCGCGGUGCCCGCCGUGCCGGGGGCGCCCGUCCACGGCGAGAUCUGCCUGCUCACCGAGUCGCCCUUCCGCAUCCUCAGGGCGGCGGAGAGCGGCAACGUGGAGGACUUCGCGCGCCUGCUGCUGGCCGACCCGCGCCGCCUCACCGUCCGGGACUCGCGCGGCAGGGUCGCGGUGCACCAGGCGGCCGCCAGGAACAGGAUCAACAUCCUGCAGUUCAUCGUGGCGCACGAGGGCGACCUGAACGUGCAAGACAAGGUGGGCAACACGCCGCUGCACGUGGCCGUCGAGGCGAGCGCCCUAGAGGCCCUGGACUUCCUGCUGUCAAGCAACGUGGACACCAGCAUCUUGAACGAGAAGCACCAGGCGCCCAUCCACCUCGCCACCGAGCUCAACAACGUCAAGGCCCUGGAGGUGAUGGGCCGCCACAAGGACAAGGUGGACGCCAUGCAGGGCGGCGAGCAUGGACGCACCGCGCUGCACAUCGCCGCCAUCUACGACCACGACCAGUGCGCCAAAGUGCUGAUCUCCAACUUCUCGGCGUGUCGGCGGAAGGCCUGCGCCAACGGCUUCUACCCGAUCCACGAGGCGGCCAAGAACGCGUCCUCGCGCACCAUGGAGGUCAUCCUGCAGUGGGGUGAGACCAACUGCAUGUACACCCGGGAGCAGAUGAUGUCCCUGUACGACGCGGAGGGCAACGUGCCGCUGCACUCGGCGGUCCACGGCGGCGACAUCAAGGCGGUGGAGCUGUGCCUGCGCAGCGGCGCACGCAUCAGCACACAGCAGCACGACCUGAGCACGCCCGUGCACCUGGCCUGCGCGCAGGGCGCGGGCGACAUCGUCAGGCUCAUGUUCAGCAUGCAGCCCGGCGAGAAGGCCCAGUGCCUGGCGUCGUGCGACGCGCAGAAGAUGACGCCGCUGCACUGCGCCGCCAUGUUCGACCACCCGGACAUCGUCGAGUUCCUGGCCGUCGAGGGCGCCGACGUGAACGCCAAGGACAAGGAGAGCAGGUCGCCGCUGCUGCUGGCCGCGUCCCGGGGCGGCUGGAGGACCGUCAUCAGCCUCAUCCGGCUGGGCGCCAACAUCCGCGUCAAGGACAACAACACGCGCAACGUGCUGCACCUCGUGGUCAUGAACGGCGGCCGGCUGGACGAGCUCGCCUCCACCGUCAUCAACGCGCAGGCGCAGAAGGACCUCCACGAGCUGCUCAACGAGAAGGACUCGGCGGGCUGCUCCCCGCUGCACUACGCGUCCCGCGAGGGCCACAUCCGCUCCCUGGAGAACCUCAUCCGCCUGGGCGCGUGCAUCAACCUCAAGAACCACAACAACGAGAGCCCCCUGCACUUCGCGGCCAGGUUCGGCCGCUACAACACCGUCCGGCAGCUGCUGGACUCGGAGAAGGGCUCGUUCAUCAUCAACGAGAGCGACGGCGAGGGCCUGACCCCGCUGCACAUCGCCAGCCAGCAGGGGCACACCCGCGUGGUGCAGCUGCUGCUCAACAGGGGCGCGCUGCUGCACCGCGACCACAUGGGCCGCAACCCGCUGCACCUGGCCGCCAUGUCGGGCUACACGCAGACCAUGGAGCUGCUGCAGAGCGUGCACAGCCACCUGCUGGACCAGGUGGACAAGGACGGGAAUACCGCGUUGCAUUUGGCCACGAUGGAAAACAAGCCCAACUCCAUUUCGCUGCUGCUGUCCAUGAACUGCAAGCUGCUGUACAACUACCGCGAGCUGAGCGCCAUCGACUACGCUAUCUACUACAAGUACCCCGAGGCCGCGCUCGCCAUGGUGACUCACGACGAGAGGGCCCAGGAGGUGCUGGAGCUCAAGUCGGACAAGCACCCCUGCGUCACGCUCGCCCUGAUCGCCGCCAUGCCGCGCGUCUUCGAGUCCGUGCAGGACAAGUGCAUCACCAAGGCCAACUGCAAGAAGGACUCCAAGUCUUUCUACAUCAAGUACAACUUCGACUGUCUGCGCUGCCCGCCCAUGCCCCCUCCGGAGGGCGGCCACCCCGCCGACAACCUGCUCAACUCCCAGCAGCCCUCGCCGCUGCCCGCGCUCAAUAUCAAGUACAACUUCUUCCCGUACACAAUGUCCCAAAGCAAGCUGGCCAAGUACCGCAAGGAGCUGGCCAACCCCAGCUGGUACCCGCCGCCCCUCAAGACCAUCAACGCCAUGGUGGUGCACGGCCGGGUGGAGCUGCUGGCCCACCCGCUGUCCCAGAAGUACCUGCAGAUGAAGUGGCACUCGUACGGCAAGUACUUCCACCUGGCCAACCUGCUGCUCUACUCCAUCUUCCUCGUCUUCGUCACCGGCUUCUCCACGGAGCUCAUGCAGUUCAUGCACGAGCACGACCGCCUCAACAACAACCUCACCCAGGAGGGCGACGCCACCACGCCCAGCGAUGUCGCGCCGGACGAGGAGUCGCCUUGGACGCACGGUUCGCACAGGAGGUUCGGCCACCGCGAGAGCAGGCUGAGCGCGCAGGAGCCGCGGCCCCGGCCCUGGCACCUGGAGGAGAAGGAGCAGCGCUUCGUGGGCACGCCGCUCAUGUACGCCUGCUCCGUGGUGAUCGUGACGUACGUGGCCAUCCACACGGUGCGCGAGAUGCUGCAGCUGUACCAGCAGCGCGGCGCCUACCUGCUGGACCCCAGCAACCUGGUGCCCUGGGUGCUGUACCUGGCCGCCGCCUACACCGUGCUGCCCAUGUUCGCCGGCGUGCUGAGCGAGCAGCAGGUGUCGUGCGCCUCCAUCAUGGUGUUCCUGGCCUGGUUCAACCUGCUGCUGUUCCUGCAGAGGUUCGACCGCGUGGGGAUCUACGUGGUCAUGUUCCUGGAAAUCCUGCAGACCCUCAUCAAGGUGCUGCUUAUAUUCUCCAUCCUCAUCAUCGCGUUCGGGCUGGCGUUCUACAUCCUGCUCUCUCGCGGAAACCACCUGUCGUUCGGCACGGUGCCCAUGUCGCUGCUGCGCAUCUUCUCCAUGAUGCUGGGCGAGAUCGACUUCCUGGGCUCCUACGUGCAGCCCUUCUUCCUGGUGCACGACGCCGAGCCCCGCUGGCUGCCCAUGCCGCUCACCACGUUCCUGGUGCUGGCCGUGUUCAUGGUCAUCAUGCCCAUCCUGCUCAUGAACCUGCUCAUCGGUUUGGCCGUCGGCGACAUCGAGAGCGUGCGCCGCAACGCGCAGCUCAAGCGCCUGGCCAUGCAGGUGGUGCUGCACACCGAGCUGGAGAGGAAGCUGCCGCGGUUCAUGCUGGAGAAGGUGGACAAGAUGGAGCUGAUCGAGUACCCCAACAACGAGUGCAGCCGCAUCGGCUUCGUGGACACGCUGCUGCGCAAGUGGUUCUGCAGCCCCUUCAACGACGACGAUUUGGACUCGACCAUCCCCGACCUUAGCGAGGACGUGCUGAGCGAGGAACUGAUGAAGACCAAGCAAAAGCUCAAGGAGAUAACCACGGCGCUCGAGACGCAGCACAUGCUGCUGAGGCUCGUCGUGCAGAAAAUGGAGAUCAAGACCGAAGCAGACGACGUGGACGAAGGCGUGUCCUCCAAGGAGCUGAAGCCCGCCUCGGGCAGCUCCAAGUGGACUUCCCCGCGAGUGCGGAAGAAGCUACGCGCCGUGGGCAGGAGCUACAGCAAGUCCGCCUCGAUGUAGUGCGUCGCCAUGGCGUCGCCGACGACAACUGACUUGGGAGAGAAAAGUUUUCGUUCAUGACAGCUGCCAGGGCGUAGGCGGUACGUGGCUGUCCCUUUUACAUGGUUAUCUACAGUUUACGAGUGCGGCGUGCAUGUGCUGCGUGCCGACUGCAGUGCGCGUACACUGCAGAGUGGGCAGUAUUAACGAGUGAUCCUUGACACUUUGUCAAUUUCUUAGUGUCUAGAAGAAGAAACACAAGGAAUUUAAACUUGUGCCGAGCGUGUGUGAUAAGCGUAUGUGUUGUCGAUGGCAGAGAGUGUGGUGGCGGGCGAGUCGGAGUGAUAGUGGCGUAUCAAUGAAGAAAAUGUGUGUUAUUUAUCAAUUUUUCUAUUUAUUGGAUGAGUCAAUCUUAAUCAUAUACGUAAACCUUAACGUAAUCGAGUCUAGAUCAGCGAAGGAGAUAACAUUGCUGUAAAGCGAUCAACUUCAUGUUUGUGCAGAGUCCCGCCCUUUCUUGGCAACGAUGAAACAUGUUACAGGGCAUUUCAUUACUCUGGUAUUCUCUUUUUCAUUUGUGAGGUGGUUGAAUUAUCGUCAAGACAAUUAACCUGUCGACGAUUUAUGAGAAACUAAAGAGAAAUACGUGGUUAAUGUCGGUUUAGGUCAUUGACUGCUAUGGAUGUGAUGUAAGGGAAGGGGAACUAGUGUACUUUUGUCACGUGUUUGAAUUGGUGAUACACCCACUUACAAAAAUAAAAUAAUGCGUGAAGCAAAAUGGA